AUGAGUAUGAGGCUAUGCGAAAAUCUUGCCCUAAAGUCACAUGAUUAAUUGUGGUAUUGUAAUCAAUAAUCAGUAACUCGUGUACGACAAUGCUUUGCAGAUCCUGUGCUUUAAAAAAAUUAAUUGAUCCCGUUGACUAAUCGACUUUUGACUUUUAACUCUUGGAUAGCUUCGACGCUUCUCAGUAUUCACAUAGGAAGGUUGUUUGAAGCGCCUGUUGUGUGAAAGUAUUUAUAACCUCGACGUAAUGCGUCACAUUGUUCGCUUAAUUAAUGUUUGUUCACUAGAUUAGUGUCAGAAAGAGCGAAGAGCUCUUAAUCCUCUCGGUACUCAGCACUGGAAGUGUUACUGUGAGCAAUAUUCGGCCUGCAUUCAAACCAAUUUUUUGUUGUCUGAUUUUGCGGGCACUUGUUGAAGCUACAUUUGCAGAAAUUUGCCACAAUGUCAGCUUUUUGUCAGAUGCAGAAGAUCACGAAGGUAUCGGCCUGCUGUUUGCUGAUCUUCGUAUGUUUAGCGAAGUCGUCCAUCAUUGAUCUUACAUCAGGACAUUCCUUCUUUGCUGCUUUGGAUGAGAGCCAGAAAGUGAAGCUAUAUUGGAAUGUCGACACUGCAAAGAAAGAGAUUUCUUUUACAGUGGAAGCCCAAACAACUGGAUGGGUCGGCUUUGGAAUUUCCACAGGUCAGGGCAAGAUGCAAGGAGCUGAUAUUGUUAUCGGCUGGGUGAAGGAUGGCAAAACAUACUUCAAGGUAAGCUUUGUGGGGGAGGGACACAAGCUAACGGAAAUCUGUAGCUCACAGGAGUUAUUUUACAGUACUUCUCUUGUUUUAUUCAGCUUGAUUACGCAACAUGGUUAACUUAAUGGUUGAACGACGGCGCUAUUUAGUAUUCAAAACUAAACGUUCCGUGACAACAAAAAUUGUACGUAGUUUGCAUGCCUAGACGUAAACCAAUAGGAAAAGAAAAAAAAACACUAAGUAACAAACAAACUCGUUUUGAAGAUUUUUUGAUCAAUUUCUCAUAAGGAAUUUAUUUUGUUUAUCAGUUUAUUGAUUUCACAUUUUUUUCAGAUGAUCCAUCAUUAAGGGCAAUAUUCUUCAAGAUUGCUUUUUAACUAUUUUUUAUAGUAUAAAGCAGUCACCCACAGGGUGGUAAACAAUAUAAACAAGCCGUUAGGACUUAGUAAAGGGUGGCUGCAAUCGCUUACGUAAUAGAGGUAAAAGUUAGAGUGAUUAAAGGGAAACAAAUUCGGGACUUUGACAACUGACCGCUUAAUACAGGUUAACCGCUUAAUACGUUGCUGCUUAAUACAGGUUGAACUGUGUGCUGAAAAUUCCAUGGUUUUUAUUUUCUGCAUCACCGACUAAUCCUCUCCUUUUAGCGAUUGAUGUCAUUUUGUACUUGGUGCAACUGAAAGUGUGUAUUCGACAAUUUUUUUGAUACCCAAAAUUAAGGCGUUUUCAACAGUGUCAUGUAGACAUUCACUUUUGCCUCCGACUUCCGCGAAUUUUCGUCCUCACAAAAUUAACUUCUGAAUCGUGGCUUUUAGCACUACGUGUAUAAGGGGUGGCGACACAUUGGUCUGUCCACAAAGUAGAAAUAGGAAAAUCAGUAGGAAGAGAACAGACUUUAAUACGGAAUAAACCUAAUAUGGUGUUAAACUUUUUUAUGAAAGUGUUGUUUGCCUAUUUUGCCGCAAAUAUACUGAUUAAGUAUGUUAAGUAGCUCUGCGGGGCAAACAAUGUACAGGUAUAUCAAAAUCCCCUCUUUGGAAUCGUUAACCUCCGUCUCGAAGUCUUUUGAACUAAACACUAAACUGUCUUGGAGUGUUAAGCUUUAACAAACUGUUUCAGCAGAUAUGACGACUGAUAAAUUGGCGCUGUCUUUGGUUUUGCCCAUCGCUUUGCUUCAAUGGCUUUGUUUGCCUCGUGAAUGGCCAAGUGAACACACGUAGACAACUUUUUUGCAACAUCAGCUGCGUUUUAGCUGACUCAUGCUGCACGCCUCAGUGAUCUUCUCUAUGGGGGGGGUGUGAAAGUUCUCAGGUUGUUUUCUUACAGGUCUUGAGGCGAUGAGGUCGACUGGCACCUGAAACUUGAUUCUCUGCUUUGAUUGGUUUGUUACUGUUGACCUGCACGUGCAUGAAAUUUCUGUCUCUGGAGGGUGGGGAGGGGAGUGACCUCUCUCUGUUAUUAAAGUUAAACGGAUAUCGUUUUUCCCACAAAUAACUUCAAGAUCCACUCGUUUUCAGGAUCGUCAUGCAACCGGAUACUCCACACCAAAGAUCGACUCUCAGCAGGAUUAUGUCCUGAUCGCCCUACAAGAGGAAAGUGGCAAGACCGUUAUGAAGUUUAAACGAAAGUUUGAAACUUGCGAUACGGAUGACAAUUCAAUCAAGGUUAAUUUUUAACUUUCCAUGUAAUGAAUAAAGGCAGAUAAAGUAUUUUCAGUUCAUUCAAAUUUUGGGCAUGUGUUUGGAUCGUGAGGUCGUUGUCUAUUUGCUCCUGUGAAAAAAGAAAAUAUGUCCUUACUCAAACAAUCUUGACGCGAGGAAAGAAGACUGGGCGAAGCAAACGAUAGUUAGGCUGACAGGUAAACUUCAGCUUAGAAAUGCUCUGAAAGGACAAACAGGCUUUUUGCUUACUGCUGUUUAUUGAAAGUCUCCUCGCUCGAGUAAAAAACUUUUUUAAGGGAAACUUUUCAAUAGUAAAGAAGAGAUGCUACCUUCAUCGAUUCUACGCAAGGCCCCACGCAAUAUUUUAGCCCACCGCAUAUACGUAACCCAGUUGUAAUUUUUAGUCAAACCGUAAUUUUGAAAACUCGAUACUGAGGUACUUUAUUUUGACUCCGUUUUUAGACUAAUUGCACUAAAGAUGUAGAGAACAGUUUAUUUAUUCUUUGGAGCAGAUGAUAAAGUCUUUGUAUUCUAUUGCAGGAAGGCACAACUAAAGUCAUCUACGCUAUGCACCCAGAAGAUCCCGAAUCUGAAGAUAAUAUUCCAAUGCACACCAUAAGAGGAGCAAGAAGUGUGUUUUUACUCAACGCUAUUAAAGACGUGCCCAAGCUUCCGGCUGAUGCCAAGACGUUCUCCUUCCUUAUGAACAAGGUAACAGUUGUUGUGACCCGGCAGAGUGUCGAGAAGUUAUUGAAAGCCUGGUGAAACCGAACCAAAAUAAUUAAAACGGCUUGUCAUAAAACAAGCGAGAUAUCGCAAAGUUAAAACAAGCAAAUUACGUGCAGAGGGGGAAAACGCGAAUGACAAUGUUGUGACCGUUUUUUUUUCCCCUUUAUUUGCUAUCAUUCAUCCUUAUUUUAUUAUCUUACAGACACAAUUGCCACCUAAACGUACAACGUACUAUUACCGCGUGUUCCAGUUUCCAACUCUACCUGAGAGACGGGACGUUAUUAGGGUAAAGUUAUUCUUCUUUACCUUUUUUUUUUUUUUUUUUUUUUUUUUCACUUUGCAAAGUCGUUAUCACUUGUCUACAACUUGAUAAGUAGUUGUAAACCUAUGCAGUUGUACUGUUUGAUUGUCUCUACGCAUAUAUUUUAAUACCGUUGAAAAGGCUUUGAAAUAGCUAAGAAAAACAUGACUUCGUUCCCAGAGCCUGGGAGCAAUGUCUAGAAACAAUGCUUAUAAACAAUUUCGAUGAACAAUUUCGAUGAAAAUACGGUCUAUGUGAGUUAUUGGAACCAAUUUGGUUUAGGAAUCUUGAUUUUCCCUUCAAAUUUAGGAGGGACGUGGAGAAGAAAUUGCUUGUGGAAAGUUCCACGAUUAAUGCUCGAGAGAGGGUUGGUCACCAACACUUUUCAUUAAUACUUAGACUUAACAAAAUAAAUUCUACUGGGCAUGCAAAUUUCUUUUGGAACCAUUGUCAGAUGAAAAAGCGAAUAAUCUUCAUUGCCAUUGAUCAAACUGGGCUGGUCAAGUUUGAAGUUUAAGUUGUUUCUCUCCGAUUUCCUUCUCAGAUCGAACCUGUUAUCCAAGAAGGUAAUGAAGGAAUUGUUCACCAUAUAUUACUUUACCAGUGUGAUCACAACAAUUUCCCUUCGAGCAAUCUCAGCUAUGAAGGAGUGGGUAAUUCCCCUGACAUGCCUCCUGCUGUGAAAAGUUGUACUGGACCUUCCACCAUUGCCGCCUGGGCGAUUGGAGGCGAGGUUUGUGUCUCCUUACAAAACAUUUAAGCUAUAGAGUUUCCGCUCAAUAACCCAUGUUAGAAGAUGUUAGAUAGGUAUGAGGAAAGUCCUAAAAAUUUUGAAUCGAGGGUGCUUCUUAUUAGGGGUGUGGGGCUGCCGGAAAAUUUUCUCAUCACUUCUUGCGUGAGGGUAUAUUUCAAACAAGUAACCUCAGCGGCCAAUCGGAACAAUUAACCUUUAACUCCCAAGAUCUCAUUAGUAAUUCUCCUUACUGUCUGUGAUACAAUUCAUAUGAUGUGAGUUUGGAGAAUUUGGAAUUGGAUCAACCAAUAAUCCUCCAAUUGAUAUUUCUCUUUAUUCUUAUUACUUGUCUGCUUGAUAUUGUACUGAUAAUAUAAAGAGAAGUUUUGUCUUGGUCUCUAGCGGAUUUGAAGGGUUAAGGGAAAUUAUUCAAGGAGCUAACGGGAAUCUACUAUAAAACGCGGAAAACUAUUUGGGCGCGGGAAAACGCGACGGACCAAAUCGGGAUAAGUUGCAGUUUUGCACCACCUUGAUUAAGAAUACAUUGCGUUUUUUUUUUCGUUUUUGUUUUUGUUUUGUUUUUUGUUUUGGUGUGGUUUGUUUGUUUGUUUUCUUAAACCCAACACAGAGCAAAAUAUGUUAAAACUAAGACAAUCCCUACAGCUCAAUUAAUCCUUUACACCCUAACAUCAGUAUUCAUUUUCUCCACACUGCUCUCUAUGCAUUUCCUAUGGUAUUCACAAAGAGAAUUUGUUUAACAAUCAAGAGCUUCUUUAGUUGGUGAUCAUUUCCUUUAUUCUCAUGACCUCUAUGUUUGCUUUAGGGGUGAUACUGAUAGGAGAAAAUAGUUGCUAAUCACUCCUAGGGGUUAUAGGGUUAUGAAACGGCUCCAUCAUCGCAAGCACCAUUUGUUACAUGUCUUCCUCUGUGACUAACAAAUGUGAUGAUAACUGAAUCCACAGACCUUUUAUUUUCCUGAACACGUGGGAUUUUCCAUUGGAACAAAUGACAGUCCAAAGAUCGUAGUAAUGGAAAUGCAUUACGAUAAUCCUUUACAAAAAACAGGUAAUCUGUGAAAUGAAAAAAAAAAGUUUUUCAUUUGUAUCUGUUUGUUUCCUUUCAAUGCCUUCAACUCACUGCCGUUCCCUUUUCGUUGCAGGCAUUUUAGACAGUUCUGGUUUGCGCUUUCAUUACACAAGUCAAGUUAGAGAGUACCAAGCUGGUAUUUUGACCGUUGGAUGGCUUGUGUCUAAAAAUAUGAUCAUUCCGCCUCAUCAAGAAAGUUGGGAAACACAAGGCUAUUGUGUUGAAGAUUGUACAAAAGAGGUUAGUAAAAAUGAAGAAAAACUGUUCAGUGCUGCAUGCGCCCCUGAAGCUGUGUCCGGAAAGGCAGCGAGUCUGACACUGGUACGACAGGCCUUUCUUGAACUUCUUGGACUGUUUGGCAAGAGAAAUCCACGAACAGAGCAUAAUUUUUCAGGUUACUAUUCCUGCUACUACAAAAUAUGAACAAAGGGAGUGAGUUUGUAAAGAAACUGUGGCGCAGCGUCGGUGGGAGAGUAUAACAUGGUAAUUUGGUAUUAUCGACUGAAUUGAUAACGUAAAUUGGCUACCGUAAAGAGUUUCAAAGCUGACGUUUCGAGUGUUAGCCCUUCGUUAGAGGUAACGGCGAAGGGCUAACGUUCGAAACGUCAACUUUGAAACUCCUUGCGGUGGCCAAUUUACGUUAUCAGCUCAGUUGAUAAUACCAAAUUACCUUGUACUACAAAAUACGAUUUGCUUCAUUUAUUGGUUUCCUCACUCUUUUUUUAUUGUUAACUUCCGCCACCACCCUCCCCUCUCCCCCUUCAACCUUCCAUCUACGCAAAUCUGUGAGGCCUUAGAGUUGCGUAUCAAGACAUAAUAAAAAUAUGAUAAAAUAUUAUUUCUCAGGGUAUGAAAGGAUCCUCUUUAUCCGGCGGAGGAAUCAAAAUAUUUGCCUCUGCUCUCCACACGCAUUUGGCUGGUAAGUGUCAGCUACUAAGCCAGCACAUUCUUUUUUCCCAUAUGAUGUAAUGUUGUCUGCUUGAAUGCUGAAAACUAGUCACUAGAAACUGAAAUGACUCUGUUUGCCUCACAAUGCACUGAAUCACUGUACAUAUUCAUAACAAGGCCAGGUAUAAAUAAACGAAGAUCACACCCUCAGCGUCUCAUUCCCGCUUCCCUCUUGCAGGUCAUGCAGCGUACACUAAGCAUGUCAGGGAUGGUGUCGAACUUCCAGAGAUUAUCAGAGACGAUAACUAUGACUUCAACUUUCAAGUGAGUUUGUUAUGAUUAACUAGGGGAAAAAACUCGCAACUAGACUUUGACAAUUUGACAAUCGUUUCAUUCACAUAAAUUUCUUGUCAAUUCAGUGUUUCAUUAAUGCCCUUGUUUCUCCCAAUUGUUUCUCUUGAUGACUGUAGGAGUUCCAAAUUCCAGCUGAGGAAACCACAGUCAUGCCGGUAAGAAAGAAUUUUGAUCAGUGCUAGGGGUGGCUAAUAUUUCAAUUGUGCGUCCAAUCGAUAUUGUGUGUGUGUAACUGUGUUCUUACCCAAACCCUGCUGUGGAGACCUUUAAACGCUUGCACACCGAUACUACUGAAUCCGCUAACAUUUUGGCGACCACAUCUACGGUAUUCGGGCCCUUACAAUGAUGCCUCCUCCAAGAGCCGGUUAGGAUUUUCUGGAAAACGCACUUUUAACGUGGAAAUCUGAAGGUCCCCACAACUUAUGACCAGAGUGUUUACAUUUUCCUCGGAAAGGUUCCUACAGUGGUGUGCUAUGAUGAAGUGUACACUUUUCUUGUUUGUUGAUGAUGUAAAUGAAGAUGAUAACUUUUAGUCAUUUGUUCGCCCACGAUCGUGAGAUCGAUUGUUCUUUCUGCUGAUGUUCAGAAGACUGAUAAUUACAGUUCUGAUCUUACAUUCCUUCCUUAUCGUCUCUUAUAAAUUACUCACGUUUCCUUUUCUUUCUUUUAUUUUUAUUAUUCUUUUCAGGGAGACACUUUGAUAACUGGGUGCAAAUAUCAUACAAAGGACCAUCCAAAAUCCGUACGUCUCUUUUUUAAACUUCUUUAUAACUUGUAAGCUCCAGUUUGAGAACGAACAAUCUGUUACCAGAGCUAAGUCUCAUUGAGAAGGAUCAAAGCUUUUGUUUCUUGACAGAUAGCCGUGAUUCCUAAGCGCACGAGUGAAAUGAUUUCUUAUCACUGGAGAAGUAAAAGAUAGGGAAGGAAGGGGUUAAGGUUAUUUCCGUGACCCCUUGUUCCGCCAUUUGUGUUUUUCGUUAAUCGCGAUUCACUUGAAAACCGAUCUGUGAAUCAUGAGUAGAGUGCACUCCGUGAACAGUCAGCACAGUCCGCUCACUAAGCUCCCGGAAAAUUACCAAUGGACGGUGUCAAAUAAGACACUCAAGUCCGUGAAGAAAUGAAAAAAUGCAUCCACGUUGAUCUCCAAUAUUCCCUUACCGCCCAAAUAAAAAAUGUCUACGCUGUUGGUUAUAUCAAGGAUGGCUUUCCCACAGUUAUUUGCGCGCAAUUUACCGAGGAGAUUUAUCCAGUUCAGAUGUUGUGCUUCUGCCGUGCCGAGCUUCAUCGUACGUUCCUCAUCAUACUGAAUAAUGCUCUUGCUCGGCAGCUAUUCAAACGUCGUGCCUCUCUCGCGCCAGACACUUUUUUAAUAUUUGCUUGUUUUGUUUUUUUCCAGGGCGGUCUGGGAACGACCGAAGAGAUGUGCCUAUCCUUUCAUUACUACUAUCCUAAAAUUAAUUUGUCUAACUGCUUAUCGUGCCAGUGUCCAGCUGUGCAAAAUUGGUAUCAAUCACACUACUCGUAAGUAUCAUCUUUUAAACAUCGUAAUUAGCGCCGAGCUAAUACUAUCGAAUCAUGAGAAACUGGUGUCGAGUGUUCCAUUGUAAUGGUGUUUAUCAGAGGUUCAUUGCUCCCGUCGAGUCUGACAACCAACGUCCUCACGGUAAAAUUGACCAAUCAGUUUUCACGAACGAGACCUGUUACAAACGACAAACAAGAAGUUGGUCAUGUGAUUACUUAGCUCGAUAACAGUUUAGUGGUAAAACGUCUGCGCGUGUGCGAAGAUUGAAACACAUUAAAUCUAGGGAGGCGGUCUGACAUACCACUUUCAUGGUAAACAACCUCCCAAACUAGUUAGUCGCGGUGUUUUGAAGGCGUGUAGACUUUUUGUUUGUUUAAGUUCGAAACUAAUUAUUUAAUCAAUGGGAUACCCUUAUCCUUACCCUUUGAGCUCGGGAAGUUUUCCUUUCCUCACUCUUGUUUUAAUAAUUAUCCAUUAAUAGUUCAAUUUAUCUUCAUAGAUUGUAUGUGUCAGCGUUCUCUUUUCAUAAUUUCCUUUAAAGUUUUGCGCUGGAAACUAACGCGAGCCUGGCAAAAAAUAGGCGGUGCCCAUAUGUAUAGCUUUCGUUUGACCGCUGUGUUCCCGCCGCUGUUUGGGAAAUAGGCCCUCACUCCAAACACGAAACAGGCGAAAGUCGCUCUCAGAACGGCAAAGCCCCUUUCGGGAAUACCCCUCAUCCGGACGAUCGCACAUGAUCGACUUUAAGUCCCACGUUAAAACGAUUUACUGUAAGCAUAUAAGUUAGUGUUUCUCAUCUUUCAUGAAUCCAUGUAGGCAACAUCCCGCAAAAAACAACUCUCUGUGGAACGAUAAGUGGACUCCCGGACUGCGAGCCAGUUAUCGAGACACCAACGCUAUAAAUGCUCACUGCAGUGGUGUUGACGGAAAGGACCUGCCGGUGGGUAUAACUUAAAUUUCCUAAUCAUUUGAUGGCCUUGUGAAUAAUUCGGGGGAAUGGAGCACACAGGUCCCCACACCCAUCCAACCAACCAGCAUUUAUUCAAAACUUACACUGAUAACUUUUAGUGGGGACAGAAAAGGAACAGCCCUGUUCUUUUGCAAAGACAAAAUGGAACAGCGAUGACUUUGCCAAACAUUCUUUUCACAGGGUCUCGGUUGGAAAGUAGUGGACAAGCCAAAAAUCGACACUCCUUUGAAGCCUGAGCCGGUGUGCCAAGAUGUACCCUCCAGCUCUCCUAACAAACUGGCAUCGUACAGCCUUGGGCUGGUAACAAUUCUUUUUGCCGUGCUUCUCUCUUGUAUCUACUGAUUUCGAUACAAAGCAAGGGGUUAAAAACUACAUGUAUUCUCAGUUUCCGCUGAAAGUAAUUCCCAUUUAACCAAGUAAUCCACUUUUAUACUGAAAAUUGAGCUGAAUACAUAAAUUGAUAUCUUUCCAGAAAAAAAGGAGGCACGGAAGGCUUUCCCAAUGGAAAACUUUCUCAAAAUACCAUUUAACAGUGCAUGACAAGACUUUGUGUAUUGCAAUUUAUUUAACCAAUCACAGCAGCAAAUAGUAUCUAGUCUAAAGUAGAAAUAGUAGCAACAAUUGUAAUCACUUUGAUCUUUUUGAGAAGUAAGUUAGGAUUCCUUAAGCCUAUUUAUAUCAAACUGAAAAAAGUGCAUAGUGCUUUAUCGUAAUUUGACAACUAAAUUUUGUGCAGUUUUGAAUUAAAUAAAAAUCCCUUAAGCGGA